GAGUAUCUCAGGAGUGCAGCCACUGAUGGAAUGCUAGGAGUCAGCUAGCACCAGGACCCCAACAGAAGCACUCCAGUUCUGUUUCCUUGAGGGAGGAGCGAUCAGCCCGCCCCCCGGCCAGCCUCCGAAGCCAGCCCAGCUCAGUCCCACCCGCCUGCCCAGCCCAGCUUCCCUUGGCUUCCGCCAGCCCAGCCCGGUUCUCUGCCCCAAGGACGCUACCGCCCGGUGCGAGCAGAAGGCGGCGCACAGUGUGAGAAGAGAGAGUGGAUAUGGGAGAAGAAUUUGGGAUAAUUGCCAAGCUCAUUUUAAAGCACAGAUACAGAAAGUGAGGCUCAGACAUAUUGAAGACCGUGUGACAUAGGGUAGCCAAAUGACAGUGUGAGAAAGUGACAUUUACUCAAGGCCACCCAGAUAUCCUGGAGGACCCAGAACCCUGGAGAUUCCCAUCAGAAAGACCUUCUGGCCACCUGAAACCCCAAGAUGGCCUCCAGCUCAGCCCCUGAUGAAAACGAGUUUCAAUUUGGUUGCCCCCCUGCUCCCUGCCAGGACCCAUCGGAGCCCAGAGUUCUCUGCUGCACAGCCUGUCUCUCUGAGAACCUGAGAGAUGAUGAGGAUCGGAUCUGUCCUAAAUGCAGAGCAGACAACCUCCAUCCUGUGAGCCCAGGAAGCCCUCUGACUCAGGAGAAGGUUCACUCUGAUGUAGCUGAGGCUGAAAUCAUGUGCCCCUUUGCAGGUGUUGGCUGUUCCUUCAAGGGGAGCCCACAAUCCAUGCAGGAGCAUGAGGCUACCUCCCAGUCCUCCCACCUGUACCUGCUGCUGGCGGUCUUAAAGGAGUGGAAAUCCUCACCAGGCUCCAACCUAGGGUCUGCACCCAUGGCACUGGAGCGGAACCUGUCAGAGCUGCAGCUUCAGGCAGCUGUGGAAGCGACAGGGGACCUGGAGGUAGACUGCUACCGGGCACCUUGCUGUGAGAGCCAGGAAGAACUGGCCCUGCAGCACUUGGUGAAGGAGAAGCUGCUGGCUCAGCUGGAGGAGAAGCUGCGUGUGUUUGCAAACAUUGUUGCUGUCCUCAACAAGGAAGUGGAGGCUUCCCACCUGGCACUGGCCGCCUCCAUCCACCAGAGCCAGUUGGACCGAGAGCACAUCCUGAGCUUGGAGCAGAGGGUGGUGGAAUUACAGCAAACCCUGGCUCAAAAAGACCAGGUCCUGGGCAAGCUUGAGCACAGUCUGCGACUCAUGGAGGAGGCAUCCUUUGAUGGUACUUUCCUGUGGAAGAUCACCAAUGUCACCAAGCGGUGCCACGAGUCAGUGUGUGGCCGGACUGUCAGCCUCUUCUCUCCAGCUUUCUACACUGCCAAGUAUGGUUACAAGUUGUGCCUGCGCUUGUACCUGAACGGGGAUGGCUCAGGCAAGAAGACCCACCUGUCCCUCUUCAUCGUGAUCAUGAGAGGAGAAUACGAUGCUCUCCUGCCCUGGCCUUUCAGGAACAAGGUCACCUUUAUGCUACUUGACCAGAACAACCGAGAGCAUGCUAUUGAUGCCUUCCGGCCUGACCUGAGCUCAGCCUCCUUCCAGCGGCCACAGAGUGAGACCAACGUGGCCAGCGGCUGCCCGCUCUUCUUCCCCCUCAGCAAGCUGCAGUCACCCAAGCACGCCUACGUCAAAGAUGACACAAUGUUCCUCAAAUGCAUUGUGGACACUAGUGCUUAGGGAUGGGGGGAGGGGGUGUCUCCUGACAGAACCAGCUUAGACUGGGGGACUUAGCUAGACAGCCAGGCCCUGCCUGCCCUUGGAGCCCACAGCCCACGACAAGGAGGAGCCAAGGCUGGCAUGACUUCAGCGCCACAGCAUGCUGGUUAUGGCUGAUGUGAGGCUGGAGAAACGUGUGCGUACAGAGACAGAGUGGAGGAGAAGACAGAAGUGCUCUUUUCACACAGACUACACGACACCAGGAGGCCAGCAUGCCAGCAGCUUCUGAAUGUUGAGACCAGCCUAGAUCAGGAUGAAAAGAGCCAGGCCUGAGGCUUGGACAUUGAGCCAAGGCUAUGGGGCCUAAGUGGAGGGGCACUCCUACCAGGACAUUCUCUCGAGGUCAGGGCAUAACUGGAAAAAUGCCCCCAUCUCUCUGUUCAGACUCAAAACUAGAACCACAGGGCAGAAGGGUCAGACAUUAAUGUGAAUUUAACCUGCCCUGGACUGAGUUCCUAUGUUAACAGACACGCAAACAGGUAAACCCAGAAACUGCCCUGGGAAAUGCUUUCUGGCUGCAUCUGGAGAUCUUUGAUGUUUUUACCGACAAAACAAAUAACAAAAGCCUUGAAUUGCAAGCUUCAGGUGUGAGACCACACCCACAGAGGAUUCUGGAGCAAUACCCAGGGUCCCCCUCCCCUUCAGCUUCCCAUUCACCUAAACCUCUAAACCUAGCAGCCCAGUUACCCAACAGACAGACAGAAGCACACCCAAGAAAGAGCUCACCAUGCAAGUCUGAAGCUGGUGUCCAACACACAGCACCUUCACGACUGCUCACAGAGUGCCCAGCCAAAGGGAGACUACACUGCUAGGGUCUGCCAUUCCUCCAUUCAUGCACCUACCUUCCUUCCUUCCUUCCUUCCUUCCUUCCUUCCUUCCUUCCUUCCUUCCUUCCCUUCCUUCCUUCCUUCCUUCCUUCCUUCAUUUAUUCCUUCCUUCCUCCCUUUCUUCCCCUCUCCUCUUCCUACCCUUUCUCUUCCCCCUUUCUCUCCCUUCCCCCUCACCCCAUCUCCUUCUAAAACUAAGUCUCAUGUAGCCCAGACUGGUUUCAAACUCAGUAUAUAGUCAAGAAUGACACUGAAUCCCUGAUUCUCCUGCUCCUAGCUCCCAAGUGCUAGGAUCACAGGUGUGUGUCACUCUGUCUGUUACCCAAGGUGCUGGGGAUUGAGCCCAGGGCUUCCUCCGUGGUGGACAAGUACCCUGCUUAGCUGCAUCCCCACACCUUUAAUGGCGCACUUCUGAGGGGAGGAGAACCUUGUCUUCACACAGUGUGAGAGGCACUGUGCUUUCAGCGAAGCACGGACAGCCCUGAGUGUCGUCUGUGCCUGGACACUGCAGCUGCAGGGGAAAUAGUGAGAUCUGCAACCCACUCUCCUGAAUCUUCUAGUUCAUCGGGAAGCCUGCAUGAUAAUAAUUAUCACUAAAAGCAGAAUGGCGGGGAAAGCAGACGGACAGAUGAGGGAAGGCUUCAUGGAAGAAGUGAGCCUCAAACCAGCCUGAAAUAUGUGGAGGAUGUGGGUGUGGAGGAGAGGACAGCCUUGGGGGGAUGGGACGUGUCUUGGCUGCAAGCAGGGGCUGGGUGAUGAAAGGAAGGCUGGACCAGCCAAAACAUAGAUAGGCCAACUGGCCAGAACACAGAAAUCAACAUCUAUGAGCUCUUGCACACCUGCAGGGCCUGGGCCUGUUAACAGGAGGGCACGACAGUGGUUUAAACAGACAGAUCAUUUAUCUUCCAGAGAAGCUCUGUGCUGUUCUCUUCCAGGUGACUGAGGGAUCGGGGAGGCAAGCUGCUGGCAAAUCUCAUUUCACUGUGUCCUCACAGCCGCCCACUGAGGUGCACAGGCUUGCACCCAUUUGCAGAUGGGAAAGCCGAGGCCAGAGCAAUCAUGGCAGGGACACUAACAUUGCAAGCCCUAUCUUCGGUGUCCGGUCUUCCUCCCUUCCUCCAGGUUUCCCUCCAGCCAUGAAAUGGUUGGAAGGUCUUUCACCCAGCCCGAGGGCCAGCUCUGCAGGAUAUUGCCAACCUUGCAUUUGCUCAGAGACCACAGUGAGCCACAGACAAUGAUAAAAAGUGGGAAGAACUG